UGCUUCGGAACUCGGGUUUCGACUUUGGACUUGCGGAUAUUAUCGUUUUUUAGCCAAUUAUUCAUUACAUGGUGUUGCGAUGACGCAAAAUUCGUAAAUUUGCAUUGAAUUCAUGUGAAACACAUAGUUUUAAGUGAAGAAAGCCAUGUUCAAUCCGGCAGUAACAGUUCGUCGUCUCGAUGUUUUGAUAAGGAUUAUGAGCCAUCGAAAAGCAAUCCUAAGUGCGAAUCCUGUCCGAGCGUAUUCUAGCGAAGAUAAAGUGACUAUAGGAGAUGUAACUAAGGAUAUCAAAGUGCCUAAAAAGAUCGAAUAUGUGCCUAGAAAAUACUUGACAAUAGAGAGUUCCGAAAUCAAACUCCUAUCUCAAAAUACACUCCGGAACUUAAGAUGGAUGAUGCAGAAAGACUCUCUUGGCCAGGAUAUGUUCCUACUUGGCAGGCCUGGCCCAACAAGGAGAAAAAUAGCACUCCAAUACUUGGAGCUGACUCAAAGAGAGCUCGAGUAUGUGGCUCUCUCACGAGACACCACAGAGGCCGACCUGAAGCAGAGAAGAGAGAUCCAAAGCUCCACUGCCAAGUACUUUGACCAGAGCGCCGUCCGCGCAGCCGUCGAGGGUCGGGUGCUGGUCAUCGAAGGCAUCGAAAAGGCGGAGCGAAACGUGCUGCCUGUCCUCAACAACCUUCUGGAGAACCGGGAGAUGCACUUAGAAGAUGGCCGGUUCCUGGUGCCGGCUGCCAGAUAUGACAAGCUGUUAGAGGAACAUGGCGCGGAAGAAGUAUCAAAAUGGCGGCUGGUGCGAGUUGACGAGAACUUCCGCGUGAUCGCGCUAGGCUUGCCCGUGCCGCGCUACAGCGGGCAGCCGCUCGACCCGCCGCUGCGGUCCCGCUUCCAGGCCAGAGAUGUCGCCACCAUCGGGUUUGGGCGCGCAGCGGGCAGCCGCUCGACCCGCCGCUGCGGUCCCGCUUCCAGGCCAGAGAUGUCGCUACCAUCGGCUUCGGGAUGUCGGCCGCUGCGGUCCCGCUUCCAGGCCAGAGAUGUCGCCACCAUCGGGUUUGGGGAGCAUCUAAUCGUGCUCAAAGAAGACUCUCCCGAUGUAGAUCCAGUGAAGCUGGAGCAACUCCUGUCUGCUGCGUACGCGCUCAUCAGCCCUGAACUGCAGCAAGUCAGCCUGCCUGACUUCCCCAUCGAUAGUUUGCAAGCCGCUACGAGGAUACUGGAAAGAAACCCAAGCAUUCCAGUUCACAAAUUGCUGUACCUCCUCUAUCCAUACAAUACCUUCCUGACUAGAGACCACGCGAAGAACGUGGAAGCUGUUCUAAAGAAUUUGAACCUGGAUAUCAAGCCUAAAUGCGACACAGUAUUACGAGGUGUCGAGUACAAGGGAAACGAGGCCUUAGUGACUAUGGAUGUUAAUGGGAUUAAGAGCCAAUUCGGCGUGCCUUGUGGUGGGAGAAGUCAGAAAGGGCUGAGAGAGAAAGGGGUGGUGAAAACAGCGUAUCAGAGUGAGCUACUAAAUGAAUUACUGCUGAGUCAUAGUGUUGGAGACUUUUGUAUUGUGGGUCCAAAAGGCUGCGGCAAGAGUCUGCUAGUCACGCAAAUCGCGUCCUUAUUGGGCUACACAAUAGAGCCCAUAGUUCUGUACCAGGACAUGACGGCGCGAGACCUGGUGCAGCAGAGGACUACCCUGGAUAACGGAGACACGGUGUGGAGGAAUUCGGCUCUUGUUGACGCGGCUUUGAAGGGCCAUAUGGCGGUGUUGGACGGCUUGCAUAGGAUACAUGCUAGUACAUUAGCCGUGUUGCAUAGACUAGUCCACGACAGAGAGCUGCAACUCCACGACGGUACGAGGCUGCUCCGCCACGACAGAUACGAGGAGCUUCUGGCCUCGGGGCUUACGACGCAAGAGCUGGACGACAGCGGCGUCAAAAUGAUACACCCUGCUUUUAGGAUAGUAGCGUUAGCUGAGCCUCCGGUCUUCGGUCGCGGCCAGCAGUGGCUGUCACCUGAACUGCUCAGCCUGUUCAUCUUCCAUGAGAUGAGGAACCUCAGCAAGCAGGAGGAGAUCUUCAUCAUCAACAGUUUGUACGGAGACAUAUCAACCCCUCUCCACUCCAUAAUAAACCUGGCAGACGAACUCCGAAGCUCACAGGACAGCACUCUCAAAAACCUCUCUUCCUCACUCUCCACCAGGCAACUCCUGCGCAUCGCCAGUCGAAUGGCCAAGUACCCUACAGAAUCCGCCUACGAAACCGUUCAGCGAACAUUCUUAGCGAAAUUCCUACCAAACUUAGCCAGAAAAGCACUUGAUAGCGCUAGCGUAAGAAUCGGAAUCGAGCCUUCAGCUCGUUUCGGCAUCUUUUCCAGUAAUUUUCCUAAGAAAAAAGUUCAAUGCACAGUCAAAAAUGGCGUCCUUACCAUUGGUGACACAAAGACAGAAAUCUUCAAAACGGAUGCUUUAACAAAAGUACCCGACAUCCUAUUCUACGACGUGCCUCAACAUGUAAAACUUCUCGAGUGGUUGUUACAAGACUUCUUGCUAGGAAACCAUUUAUUGUUAGUAGGAAACCAAGGAGUCGGUAAGAACAAAAUCGCUGAUAGAUUACUCCAGCUCUUAAACCGACCGAGGGAAUACAUCCAGUUGCAUAGAGACACUACAGUGCAGAGUUUGACAGUUCAGCCAACUGUCAAAGAUGGUAUAGUUGUCUAUGAAGAUUCACCAUUAGUGAAAGCUGUCAAAAAUGGUCAUGUAUUAGUGGUUGAUGAAGCGGAUAAGGCUCCUACUCAUGUUACUUGUAUAUUGAAGACUUUAGUGGAGAAUGGGGAGAUGAUUCUCAGUGAUGGGAGGAGGAUAGUGCCAAAGCAUAUGAUCGAAAGUUCUGGGGGCGACGUGAAGAGUUUCAUUCCGGUGCACGAUGACUUCAAGAUGAUCGUGUUGGCCAAUCGGCCUGGCUUCCCUUUCUUGGGAAACGACUUCUUUGCUGCUUUAGGUGACCUAUUCUCCUGCCACGCCGUAGACAACCCUUCAAUAGACUCCGAGAUGGAACUGCUCCAAUCCUACGGGCCUGACGUACCGCACGACGUGAUGAAGAAGCUAGUACAGGCUUUCGCAGUCUUGAGAGAGAAGGCGGACCAGGGACAGCUGACAUACCCGUACUCAACGAGAGAGCUAGUCAAUAUUAUCAAGCAUUUGCAGAAAUACCCAGGAGAGGACCUAGCAACAGCUAUCAGCAACGUGUUCGACUUCGACCGCUAUAGCAAAGACAUGGCGGACACACUACUAGAAGUGUUGCAUUCUAGUGGGCUGCCGGUAGAGGGCGUAUUAGAGGGUCGCUCCAAAGAGGCGCUGAAGAAACUACAGAUGACCAUAGAGAGGACUAGCGGUAAAGACGUAUCCUCACCAAAGCACGGUAAAGAGGACCCAAAGAACGAACCGCACGUGGGCGGGAACACUUGGGCGGGCGGCACUGGAGGGCGGGACACGGCCGGGCUGGGCGGCAAGGGCGGGCCCUACCGCCUGGACAAGGGACAUGAUGUGCAUCAGGUGAGUCACAUUGCCUGGAUAGGUGUGCGCUAUUCUAGACGAAAUUCUCCAAUUGCUCAUAAAAUAAACCUCAUAAAACUGAUGAUGAAAAUACCCUAUCCGAUUCGAAAAGGGGUGAUUAACACUUGGGCGGGCGGCAUUGGAAGGCGGGACACGGCCGGGCUGGGCGGCAAGGGCGGGCCCUACCGCCUGGACAAGGGACAUGAUGUGCAUCAGGUAAUUAACACUUGGGCGGGCGGUACCGGCGGGCGGGACACGGCCGGGCUGGGCGGCAAGGGCGGGCCCUACCGCCUGGACAAGGGACAUGAUGUGCAUCAGAUGAUGAAAAUACCCUAUCCGAUUCGAAAAGGGGUGAUUAACACUUGGGCGGGCGGCACUGGAGGGCGGGACACGGCCGGGCUGGGCGGCAAGGGCGGGCCCUACCGCCUGGACAAGGGACAUGAUGUGCAUCAGAUGAUGAAAAUACCCUAUCCGAUUCGAAAAGGGGUGAUUAACACUUGGGCGGGCGGCACUGGAGGGCGGGACACGGCCGGGCUGGGCGGCAAGGGCGGGCCCUACCGGUUGGACAAGGGACAUGAUGUGCAUCAGAGAGGGUCGUGCUCCUGCAGUAGUCUCAAUGAUCUGAUAAUAAAGAUGAUGAUGAGAAUACCCUGUCCGAUUCGAGAAGGGGUGAUUAACAUUUGGGCGGGCGGCACUGGAGGGCGGGACACGGCCGGGCUGGGCGGCAAGGGCGGGCCCUACCGCCUGGACAAGGGACAUGAUGUGCAUCAGAUGAUGAUGAGAAUACCCUGUCCGAUUCGAGAAGGGGUGAUUAACAUUUGGGCGGGCGGCACUGGAGGGCGGGACACGGCCGGGCUGGGCGGCAAGGGCGGGCCCUACCGCCUGGACAAGGGACAUGAUGUGCAUCAGGUAAUUAACACUUGGGCGGGCGGCACUGGAGGGCGGGACACGGCCGGGCUGGGCGGCAAGGGCGGGCCCUACAGGUUGGACAAGGGACAUGAUGUGCAUCAGCUGUCCGAUGCGGAAAAGGACGACAUUCCCGAGCAUGUGAAGCAAGCUGCGCGUGAGAUGAACAGGAAAGCCUUCGAGGAGCGACUGAAGGAGAUCAAAAUGAGCGAAUACGACGCGAAGCUCUAUGAGCAAUUCCUUAGAGCUGUACAACCACAGAUUGGUGCACUGAGAGGUGUGUUAGCAGAACUUCAAGCAAAGAAAAAGGAACGGCAGUGGACUCGACACCAAACCAGUGGAGAACUAGAUGACGCUAAAAUAAUUGAAGGUCUAACAGGCGAAAGAUCGAUAUACCGAAGGCGAAUGGAGCAGGAACCGCCGCCGGGUGCUCCGCCCGACAAGCCCAAGCGACUCAGACUGGUGGUGGAUGUGUCUGGCAGUAUGUACAGGUUCAACAGCUACGACGGCCGUCUAGAACGUUCGAUGGAGGCAGUUGUACUGCUAACAGAAGCUCUCCGAGGAUACGAGGCGCGCAUCCGCUACGAUAUGUAUGCGCAUUCCGGCGAGGACCAUGCUUUGGAGUUGGUGCGCGUCGACCGCCCGCCGGAAAACGAGAAGCAACGCUUACAGAUAAUCCGCACGAUGCACGCCCACUCUCAGUUCUGUUGGUCGGGCGACAACACGCUCCCGGGCGCUAAGCACGCGAUAUCGACUCUAGCGAAAGAAGACGCAGAUGAAUCUAUAGUUUUGAUACUAUCUGAUGCUAACCUAAGGAGGUAUGGUAUUCAACCAGAAGAAUUGGGUACAAUUUUAACGUCAGAGUCAAAGGUGCAAGCGCACGUCAUCUUCAUCGGCAGUCUUGGCGACGAAGCUUCCAUGUUACUUCGUCGCCUGCCAGCGGGACACGCCCACGUAUGUAUGGACACAGCCAACUUACCUCACAUCAUGCAGCAAAUCUUCGCCUCUUCCUUACUCCAAAACGCUGAUAGCUAGCCUCGUCAUCAAUACGGCUAGCACGAAAAACUCGAGUUCGAAUCGUUUGCGUAUUCCAAUCGCCAUCAAAAGAUUUUGUACGAAAACUACAACAACGCCCUUGUGUCUUAAAGUGAAUUUAGUAUGAGAAAUGGUUGCACGAAAUUUAUUUUAAGAAUCAAAAUUGUCACGUUAUUGUUUAAUUUGAAGGUUGAGUAUCGAAUUUUAUCGAAUACGCAAACGAUUCGAAGACGAAAGUUGUUUAUGCUAGAGUUACAGGUCAUAGUCUCCACUGCAUGUAGGACCAAAUAAGGAGGCGAGACCGAAAUAAGGGGCACGACCUCCUUUAAUUUACUAGAAGCAAAUAGAGGAUUUCGCCUACACUUCCCACGUAUGUUGGGUGGUCCUUUACAGGAUGUGGUUUUGAUAAUAAUAAUAAAUACUCUUUAUUGCACACCAAAUAACAGAACAUAAAGAAAGGGAACAUACAAGGUACAACUAGGCGGUCUUAUCGCUAUGAACAUACGCGGUUUUUUAAAACAACGCCCAUCACAGGAGUGGUACACACGAAAGAAAUUACAAGAAAAUUAAAAAUAAAAAUGUAACUACUACUUUAUUAGUAAAAAAACCUUAUUCAAACGUCUCCUAAAACUUUCGAGUCGGCGCUUGUUACCGCCCGCACCAACCCCGCGUACCCCGCUACACCACCGAGCACAUGCGGCCGCCUCCCCGAGAGAGCGGGAGGACUUUUUUUUUGGAAUCAGUGUCGUGUAUACUAAUGCCCGGUCUGCGAGCACGUAGAAUUUUGUCCAAUGACCCCAAGCUACCUAUCCUUAUCGCUCGCGCGUAAUUAUAUUGCUGUCGCGAUUGUGCGACGGGCGCCCGCAGUGAGUGUGCGAGCGCAACAGCAACAUAAUUACGCGCGAGCGAUAAGGAUGGGUAGCUUGGGGUCUUUGGACAAAAUUCUACGUGUUCGCAGACCAGACUAUACCACCCUGAUUGGGCGUUGUGUUAAAAAAACACAUCCUGUAUUACGUUGCCGGAAUCACACGACUCAAAACGUGCAGCUAACUUGAUUCAUAAAAGUAAUUACUAUAAGCAAAAAUGAAACUGUGCCUACACGUUGUAUUGCUGUUGGUAUUCCGAAUAAAUUAAAUUAAUAUCAUUAGGUCGAUUGUAACUGGUAGACCAUUUAAACCAAUAGCAGUCUACUACUAGAUUUAAGCUAUAUCGUGGUAUAGAAAAUAUUUACAUUCCUAGAUCAAUGAAAUAAAUUAUACAAUUAAAAUAACGUAUGUAUUUAUGUACCUAUUUUGUUACUAUGUAUACAGGGUGUUAGGUUUUUAAUUUUCAUACAAAUCGGAUUUUAUAAUAUUUAUUUUGUAUGAAAAUUUAAAAAAUUAAAAUGAUGAUAUCAAAUUUCUGACUUCACCAUACCAUUUAUAUGCCCAUGUUAACAUGGGCUAGUGUCGGCUCAUAUACCCAUUUACCUAACACCCUGUAUACCUAGAUAGAGAUUUGAGCGAAAGUGUAGCUGGAACUACCUCAUAGACCAAAUAUUGUAAUAUUUAAUUAAUAGUUAAAUAUAUUAUUUUAUGUAAUUAACGACAAUGUAAUAAAUAAGAUAACUAAAAUGUACAUUUUUUUAUUUUUUGACGAUUUAUUGUUAUUUGUAAGAUUUGUAAUUAUAGAGGCUAUUGCGAUCUA